UUUGACGAGUCAGGAUAGAAGUACUAUAAGACCAAUUCCUCCAAUGGCUACACAAAUGAAGCCACUAUUAACUGACCUUGUAUCAACGGUGAGCUCUGUUCCUCCAAAUUAUGUUCGAUCUGAAUCCGAUCGUCCAAACCUCAAUGAGGUUACCUUUGAUCAUUCCUUCCCUGUUGUUGAUCUCGAAGGCCUUUAUGGUCCUAACCACUCUAGUGUGAUCAAAGAGAUUGGCGAAGCAUGCCAAAAUUACGGUUUCUUUCAGGUUAAAAAUCAUGGCGUUCCAAAGGAGGUGAUAGAUAAGAUGUUGCAUGUCUCAAGAGACUUCUUUCAUUUACCGGAGAGUGAGCGAUUGAAGAAUUACUCUGACGAUCCUAUGAAGACGACGAGACUUUCUACGAGUUUCAAUGUGAAAACUGAGAAUGUAUCUAGCUGGAGGGAUUACUUAAGACUCCAUUGCUUCCCUUUAGAGGACUAUGUUCAUGAAUGGCCAACCAACCCUCCAUCUUUCAGAGAAGAUGCUGCUGAGUACUGCAAGAAUACCGGAAGACUGGCACUGGGGCUGCUUGAAGCAAUAUCAGAAAGCUUAGGCCUAGAAAGGGACUAUAUCAACUCUGCACUGGGAAAGCAUGCGCAACACAUGGCUAUCAACUACUAUCCACCCUGUCCCGAGCCAGAGCUGACUUACGGUUUACCUGUUCAUGCUGAUCCUAACGUUAUCACCAUUCUCCUUCAAGAUGAUGUGCCUGGUUUGCAGGUGCGCAAAGAUGGCAAGUGGAUUGCUGUCAACGCCAUUCCCUACACCUUUAUUGUCAAUAUUGGUGACCAGAUACAGGUACUCAGUAACGAUAGUUACAGGAGCGUGCUGCACCGGGCAGUGGUGAAUUGCAAGGAGGAGAGGAUCUCUAUUCCAACGUUCUAUUGCCCAUCACCCGACGCCGUCAUGCGACCUUCCCCGCAACUGAUCGACAAGGAUCAUCCUCCCUUCUACACAAACUAUUCAUACAGUGAAUACUACCAGAAGUUCUGGAAACGGGGUCUCAACGCUGAAACAUGUCUGGACAUGUUUAAAAUUUAA